AUGCUCAGAAGAUCAACAAUAGGGAAGAACACUUCAUCACUAAAGCAGAGACAACUUUCCCAUCUACAUUCACAGCUAGCUCAACUUGAAGCAAACCUUUCCGACUUUGAGACGUUGAUGAAAGUAACAACAUUUCAAGCAGAAUACAUCAAAAAGCUAGGUAUAAUGCAUGGCAGCUUAUUCAUGUCCAGUCACAAGAUCUUUGAAGAGGAAACCCAGAAAUACCGUCACCGUAAGCGUCUCCAACAAGUUGACUCUGUUGUGUCGACUGUUCUUGGAGGAUUGAAGAAAGAGAACCUUGCACCAUCGAAUCUUUUGGCACAAUACUCGAAAUUCCCAAAGGAGGAGGAAAUGACCACUUUGAACAAGUACACCGUUUUCAACAGAUUUAGCAAAGGCUACAGAAAAAGUAUACACAGAACUCCACACUGGACAAAGAAGAGUCAAAGAGUCAACCCAGAACAUUUCUGA